AUGGACUUAAUCCAUUCGGUGCGGCUUGUAGUGCCUCUGCGUAGCCCUUGUACGUCGAGGAAUACUGGUCCACCUCUCAAUCAAGAGAAAUACGCAACAGUGGUUGAGAAAUUCCUUAACCCACCUGAGGUCGCGGACAAAAAGUUAGCAAACAAGACGAAGGUAACUGUUCUUCACUCAAGCAGUAAGCGAAUAUUGCACGCCGUCACAUCUGUUAAACAAAUUAACAUGUCUACUCAAGUGGCAAACAUCAGACUCAAGUGUCUCUUUUAUUUAGUUCGAACUACACGGUAG